AUGACGCAGCCGAUGCUGUUCCCCGUCCACUCGACGGUGCAAAACAUGCCCUUUGGGCCCAAGGGGGCCGACUCGUUGGCGGGCCAGCUGUGGGACAAGGGCGGACACGCGCAGGCGCAGGGCAAGAAGCUCGACGCCGACACGCCCUACGCCGAGCUGUGGAUGGGCGCGACGCACGAAAAGGGACCCUCGACGGUGGCUCUGCCCGGCUCGCCCCUCGACGGCAAGCCGCUGGCCGACGUGCUGCUCCACGACCCGGACCGCACCGUCUCGUCCAAGCUGCUCGAGUCGCACGCCUACCUCCGCCAGGCCGUGCACGGCGGCAUGCCCUUCAUCUUCAAGGUUCUCUCGGCAGGCCAGGCGCUGCCGCUCCAGGCGCACCCGGACCUCGAGCUGGCGCGCAAGCUCAAGAGCCAGACGACCAUCGAGAGCGACGAGCACACCACCUUUGACGGUCACCACAAGCCCGAAAUCGCCCUGGCCGUGACGCCGUUCCGCGGCUUUGUCGGCCUCGCCGCCCCGCCCCAGAUCCGUGCCAGGCUGCGGCGCGUCCCUGCCGUGGCCGAGCUGCUGCACGACUCGAACCUCUCGGACAAGCACCUCUCCCAAGUGCUGCCCAAGCUCGAGCACGCCGACCUCUACCGCCUGAUCGUCGACGACGACACCGAGCAGAGCCAGCACCCGAGCGACCCGGACCGCCAGGGGACAUGGGCGCACAAGCUCCGCGCCGCCGUCGUCCGCAUCCUGUGCGCCGACAAGCAGCUCGUCAAGAAGGCCAUUGAGGACAUUCUCUCCGGCCAGCAGCAAAAGAUCGGUGGAGACAUCGGCGACGACAACGACGAGACCGUCGACCUCAUCAGGGAGCUCAAUGGCCAAUUCCCUGGCGAUGUGGGCUGCCUGAUCGCGCCCGUCUUUAUGAACCUGGCCAAGCUUCAGCCGGGAGAGUGCAUCUUUGCGCCCGCCGACACCAUCCACGCCUGGCUGAGCGGCGACAUCAUCGAGUGCAUGCCGUCGAGCGUCAACGUCGUCAACUCGGCGUUUGGGCCGGAGCCGUCCAAGGAGACGGUGUCGCUGUUUGCCCAGAUGUUGAGCUACGAGUCCAAGUCGCUCGACGCGUACAUGCUGCGACCGCGCAAGGUCGAAUCGGCCACGCGGGCGGGGGCCGGCGGCGGCGGCGGCGGAGGCCAAGCGACCUCGGUGCACCGAUACGACGUGCCGUUUGACGAGUUCAACGUAUUGCGCGUCCAGAUUGCGCCGCCGUCGCCCUCUUCCUCGUCGUCGUCGUCCGAAGCCAAGGUGGAGCUGUUUACGGGCGAAUCGGACGACAACCAGGUGCUCGAGGGCGUGGCGGUGCUGAGCUGCGUCAGAGGACGAGGCAAGGUCACUGGCUUCUCCACGGCAGGCGGCGGCGGCGGCAGCAGCAGCAGCGACGAGAAGGUCGAGUCCGACAUCGACGAGGGCAAGGUGUUUGUCGUCGCAUCGGGCACGCGCGUGCGCAUCCAGCCGGUCCAGGACCAGAGCGAGGGCCAGAGCGAGAAGCUCGAAUGCUACGUGGCCUACUGGUCGGCAGGCGACAAGAAGUAG